AGGAAUCAGACUAACAAAUGCGAAUAAGAAUUAGAAGGGCCGUUACAAACCUGAUACAUCAACUUUUUACCUUGCUUACCCUACUACUACCAAUUGCCGCCGUCGUUUCAGACGGAAGUUUCCUAUGGUGGUGCAAUAGAUUGAGGAAACAUUUAAGAUGACUGAACUGGAGUAUGAUGCUGAUGACAAUUUGGGAGAGGAAGAUGAGGAGGGAGGUUCAUGGAUGUUUGGAGGGCGAGCAGCAAGUGUGUUUCUCAUAGAUGCAUCGAAAUCGAUGUUUGAUCCACCCUCCAACAGUGGAGAUGAUGAUGAUGAUACACCAUUCAAAAAAGCCAUGAGGUGUGUCCAUACUACCCUAAUGCGCAAGAUAGUCACAAGUGACCAGGACUUGAUGUCGGUUGUGCUUUUCAAUACAAGAGAAAUGAAGAAUUCAACAGAUUUUGCCAAUGUUUACAUUUUACAAGAUUUAGAACGUCCAGGAGCAGAGAAGGUUCUCCAACUUGAACAACUUUUACAAAUGCCAUCCAACGACUUUGACAGGAAGUAUGGCCAUUCUGUUGGAGCUAAUAUCCAUGAUGCAUUGAGAGUGUGCCAAGGAAUUUUUACAAAAAGUACCACCAAACUUUCUGGCCAAAAUAUUUUGCUGUUUACUAACUGUGAUGACCCUCAUCCUGGGGACAAUCAGAAGCAGCGCCAGGCUCGUCAAAAGGCUGGUGAUUUAAGAGAAGCCGGAAUAGUUUUGGAAAUAAUACAUAUGGGAGAGCACUUUGACGUGAAAAAGUUUUACAAGGACUUGAUAAUUCGUGAGGAUGAAGAUGAAGACUCACAGGAGGGCAUUAUUCUGGCUAAUCCAACCAAUCGUAUUGAAGAGCUUAUGGACAGAGUGAGACGAAUUGAACAUAAGCAGAGAACUUUGGGUAGAGCCAUUUUUACAUUAGCUCCUGGUGUUGAAAUGUCUGUUUCUAUUUACACAGGUGUAAGAAAAACAUAUAAACCAUCAAAAGUGAAACUUUGGAAAGUUACCAAUGAAGAAGUGAGGUAUAUGAAGAAGGAGUACCUUGAGGAUAAUGGAGAACUACUACUGCCAUCAGACUUUGUUAAAUAUCAAGAAUAUGGAGGAAAGAAAAUUAAAUUUACAUUGGAUGAAGUUCGCAACCUGAGCAGCGUUUAUCCUCCAGGCAUUGAACUUAUUGGAUUCAAGCCACUCAGCUUCAUCAAGCCAUAUUUUCAUGUCAAACCUGCCAAUUUUGUUUAUGUUGAUGAGAAAAUGAUUGAUGGUAGCAAGAAGAUGUUUGCAGCUUUGCUAGAGAGAUGUCUACAUAGAAAAGUGGCUCCAAUAGUACGUUUCAUUCCACGAAAGAAUACAUCAGUCUCAUGGGCAGCGCUUAUUCCACAAGCAGAAGAAUUAGAUGGGAGCAAUUGUCAAGUUGUUCCUCCAGGGUUUAUUGCAUGCCAUCUCCCAUUUGCAGACGAUUUUCGCAAUAUUGAGAUGGAGAAUAUGACUCGUGCUACUCCAGAUCAAGUUGAUGCAGCAAAGGCAGUCAUACAAAAACUGCACUUCACAUAUAAUCCUGAAGGCUUUGAUAAUCCAAGCCUUCAAACUCACUGGCGUAACAUUGAGGCUCUAGCACUGAAUAGGUCUGAAUUGGAACCUGUUUCAGAUCACACAGUUCCUCCCAAUGAUCGAAUUCUUAAGAAAGCGGGUAAACUACUAGAUGAACUUCGGGACUUAGUGUAUCCACCCUCUUAUGAUCCAGCUAACCCUCCAAAGAAAAGGCCAACAGCAUCAUCUACUCCUGCACCAAAGAAACCAAAAAUUGACCCAAAAAGUAUGAGUGUAGAAGACUUGGCAAAAGAAGGAAAAGUUGACAAAUUAAACAUGGAUCAACUGAAGUCCUGGCUUCAAGAACGAGGUGUCAGGGUCACGGGGAAGAAGAAAGCACAGUUAGUGCAGGAUGUUAUGGAUGAAUUAGGUGCAUAGAAUUUGGAAUGUAUAAUUUAGUUUAUGUAUGAUGUACAAAGUACUUCAGAUACUUUCAGUUCCUUUUUGGUUUUCCAGGUAACUGUUUGUUAUUCUGAAGAAAAAUGCACUUGAGAUGCACUUUUGAAAUUCAGGUGCCUUACUCUUAUUC